AUGAAGGCUGUUCGUAACCUGCUGAUUUAUAUAUUUUCCACCUAUCUCCUGGUUAUGUUUGGAUUUAAUGCUGCCCAAGACUUCUGGUGUUCAACUUUGGUGAAGGGAGUCAUUUAUGGAUCCUAUUCUGUAAGUGAAAUGUUUCCCAAAAACUUUACAAACUGCACUUGGACGCUGGAAAAUCCAGAUCCAACCAAAUAUAGCAUUUACCUGAAAUUUUCCAAAAAAGACCUUAGCUGCUCUAACUUUUCCCUUCUGGCUUAUCAGUUUGAUCAUUUUUCCCAUGAAAAAAUAAAGGAUCUUUUGAGAAAGAACCAUUCAAUAAUGCAACUCUGCAGUUCCAAGAAUGCUUUUGUUUUUCUACAGUAUGAUAAAAAUUUUAUUCAGAUACGUCGAGUAUUUCCAACUGAUUUUCCAGGAUUACAGAAAAAGGGCGAAGAAGAUCAGAAAUCUUUUUUUGAGUUUUUGGUACUGAACAAGGUGAGCCCAAGCCAGUUUGGCUGCCAUGUCUUAUGCACUUGGUUGGAGAGUUGCUUAAAAUCAGAAAAUGGGAGAACAGAGGCUUGUGGAAUCAUGUACACAAAGUGCACCUGCCCUCAGCAUUUGGGAGAGUGGGGAAUUGAUGACCAGUCGCUGGUUUUGUUGAAUAACGUCGUGUUACCCCUGAAUGAGCAGACGGAGGGCUGCCUGACUCAGGAGCUGCAAACUACUCAGGUCUGCAAUCUGACCAGGGAGGCUAAAAGACCACCCAAAGAAGAAUUUGGAAUGAUGGGAGAUCAUACAAUUAAAAGUCAGCGACCUCGAUCUGUCCAUGAGAAAAGGGUCCCUCAGGAACAAGCUGAUGCUGCUAAAUUUAUGGCACAAACUGGUGAAUCUGGUGUGGAAGAGUGGUCCCAGUGGAGCACAUGCUCAGUUACUUGUGGUCAAGGGUCGCAGGUGCGAACCAGAACUUGUGUAUCACCUUACGGGACACACUGCAGCGGCCCAUUAAGAGAAUCAAGGGUUUGCAAUAACACUGCCCUCUGUCCAGUACAUGGAGUUUGGGAGGAAUGGUCACCUUGGAGCUUAUGCUCGUUUACAUGUGGCCGAGGCCAAAGAACACGAACCAGGUCAUGCACACCUCCUCAGUAUGGAGGGAGGCCCUGUGAAGGCCCGGAGACGCAUCACAAGCCCUGUAAUAUUGCUCUCUGUCCAGUUGACGGACAGUGGCAGGAAUGGAGUUCAUGGAGCCACUGCUCGGUGACAUGUUCCAAUGGAACCCAGCAGAGGAGCCGACAAUGCACGGCAGCUGCUCACGGAGGCUCUGAGUGCAGAGGACCAUGGGCAGAAAGCAGAGAGUGCUACAACCCCGAAUGUACAGCCAAUGGUCAAUGGAAUCAGUGGGGUCACUGGAGCGGAUGUUCCAAGUCCUGUGAUGGAGGCUGGGAGAGGAGAGUGAGGACGUGUCAGGGUGCAGCUUUAACAGGACAGCAGUGUGAAGGAACAGGGGAGGAAGUGAGACGGUGCAGUGAGCAGCGGUGCCCAGCACCUUAUGAAAUAUGCCCAGAGGAUUAUCUGAUAUCCAUGGUGUGGAAAAGAACUCCCGCAGGAGACCUGGCAUUCAAUCAAUGUCCACUGAAUGCCACAGGCACCACUAGCAGACGCUGCUCUCUCAGUCUUCAUGGAGUGGCCUUCUGGGAACAGCCGAGCUUUGCAAGAUGCAUAUCCAAUGAGUACAGACACUUGCAGCAUUCAAUUAAAGAGCACCUUGCAAAGGGGCAGCGGAUGCUGGCAGGUGAUGGAAUGUCCCAGGUCACCAAGACGCUGUUGGAUUUGACGCAGAGGAAGAAUUUCUAUGCAGGUGAUCUUCUAGUGUCUGUGGAAAUCCUCAGAAACGUGACAGAUACAUUUAAAAGGGCAAGUUACAUCCCUGCAUCGGAUGGUGUCCAGAACUUCUUUCAAAUAGUUAGCAACCUUCUAGAUGAAGAAAACAAGGAGAAGUGGGAAGAUGCCCAGCAGAUUUAUCCAGGCUCAAUAGAGUUAAUGCAGGUGAUUGAAGAUUUUAUACACAUUGUUGGAUUGGGGAUGAUGGACUUUCAAAACUCAUACCUAAUGACUGGAAAUGUAGUGGCUAGUAUUCAGAAGCUUCCUGCAGCCUCUGUCCUAACAGACAUCAACUUCCCGAUGAAGGGUCGGAAAGGAAUGGUGGACUGGGCAAGAAAUUCAGAAGAUCGAGUCGUUAUCCCAAAAAGCAUUUUUACUCCUGUGUCAUCAAAAGAACUGGAUGAGUCGUCUGUAUUCGUUCUUGGAGCAGUCCUGUAUAAAAACUUAGACCUCAUUUUACCCACUUUGAGAAAUUAUACUGUCGUUAAUUCUAAAAUCAUCGUGGUCACAAUCAGGCCUGAACCCAAAACAACUGAUUCAUUUUUGGAGAUAGAGCUAGCUCACUUGGCGAAUGGCACUUUGAAUCCCUAUUGUGUGUUAUGGGAUGACUCAAAAUCGAACGAGUCUUUGGGAACGUGGUCCACCCAGGGAUGUAAAACUGUGCUUACCGAUGCAUCCCAUACGAAAUGCUUAUGUGAUCGGCUCUCUACCUUCGCCAUUUUGGCUCAGCAACCUAGAGAAAUAGUCAUGGAAUCUUCUGGGACCCCUUCAGUAACUCUCAUAGUAGGCAGUGGCCUCUCCUGCCUGGCCUUGAUCACCUUGGCAGUUGUCUAUGCAGCGCUAUGGAGGUACAUCCGCUCUGAGAGGUCCAUAAUUUUAAUUAACUUCUGCCUGUCUAUCAUCUCAUCCAAUAUUCUCAUACUCGUUGGACAGACCCAGACGCACAAUAAGAGCAUCUGCACGACCACCACUGCAUUCUUGCAUUUUUUCUUCCUGGCUUCAUUCUGUUGGGUUUUGACAGAAGCGUGGCAGUCAUAUAUGGCUGUAACUGGAAAAAUCAGGACACGGCUUAUACGGAAACGCUUUCUGUGCCUUGGAUGGGGACUGCCAGCUUUAGUAGUAGCCACAUCUGUAGGCUUCACCAGGACAAAGGGAUACGGCACGGAUCACUACUGCUGGCUGUCGCUUGAAGGAGGACUGCUCUACGCCUUCGUUGGACCUGCAGCCGCUGUUGUCCUGGUCAACAUGGUGAUUGGCAUUUUGGUAUUUAAUAAACUUGUUUCCAGAGAUGGAAUCCUAGAUAAAAAGCUCAAACACAGAGCCGGUCAGAUGAGUGAGCCUCAUAGCGGUUUGACGCUCAAAUGUGCCAAGUGUGGAGUAGUUUCUACAACAGCUUUGUCAGCCACCACCGCCAGUAACGCCAUGGCCUCCCUCUGGAGCUCCUGCGUAGUGCUGCCCCUUCUGGCUCUGACAUGGAUGUCUGCAGUUCUGGCCAUGACAGACAAACGUUCCAUAUUGUUCCAAAUCCUUUUUGCUGUGUUUGAUUCGUUACAAGGCUUCGUGAUAGUCAUGGUCCAUUGCAUUCUUCGGAGAGAGGUACAAGAUGCAUUUAGAUGCCGGUUGAGAAACUGUCAGGAUCCGAUCAAUGCUGAUUCUUCAAGUUCUUUUCCUAAUGGACAAGCUCAAAUCAUGACAGACUUUGAAAAGGAUGUAGACAUUGCUUGUCGAUCAGUGCUCCAUAAGGAUAUUGGUCCUUGCCGAGCAGCAACAAUAACAGGAACACUCUCCAGGAUCUCUCUAAACGACGACGAGGAAGAAAAGGGAACGAACCCCGAAGGGCUGAGCUAUUCAACAUUGCCUGGGAACGUCAUUUCCAAAGUCAUCAUCCAGCAGCCCACAGGCCUGCACAUGCCCAUGAGUAUGAAUGAGCUGAGCAGUCAGUGUCUGAAGAAAGAGAACAAUGAAUUGCGGAGAACUGUGUACUUAUGCACGGAUGACAAUUUAAGAGGGGCUGAUAUGGACAUAGUCCACCCUCAAGAGAGAAUGAUGGAAAGUGACUAUAUCGUGAUGCCUCGAAGCUCUGUAAAUACUCAGCCAGCAAUGAAAGAGGAAAGCAAGAUGAAUAUUGGCAUGGAAACCUUGCCGCAUGAAAGGCUAUUGCACUACAAAGUGAAUCCUGAAUUCAGUAUGAAUCCCCCUGUCAUGGACCAGUUCAAUAUGAACUUAGAUCAGCAUCUUGCACCCCAGGAACAUAUGCAGAGUUUACCCUUUGAGCCUCGCACGGCUGUUAAGAAUUUCAUGGCCUCCGAGUUGGAUGAUAACGCAGGACUGUCAAGAAGCGAAACUGGAUCUACGAUAUCCAUGAGUUCUCUAGAGAGAAGAAAAUCACGGUAUUCCGACCUUGACUUUGAGAAGGUCAUGCACACGAGGAAGAGACACAUGGAGUUGUUUCAGGAACUCAAUCAGAAGUUUCAGACUUUGGACAGAUUUCGGGACAUACCAAAUACAAGCAGUAUGGAGAACCCUGCAGCAAACAAGAACCCAUGGGACACUUUCAAGGCCCCCAGCGAAUACCCACAUUACACCACAAUCAAUGUCUUAGACUCGGAGGCAAAGGAUGCUCUGGAGCUGAGGCCUGCGGAGUGGGAGAAAUGUCUGAAUUUGCCUCUGGACGUGCAAGAGGGUGACUUUCAAACCGAAGUGUAACACAAUCAAAGCGCACUGAGGUGGAGACACAAUCAGAUACACUGACACUGAGACUUGGGAAGCCUGACAUUUCCACCAGGACAGUGUGACUCCUCUCUGUCAGGACCUUCCUGUGCCCACAUCAGUGUUUCCGUAUGGUAAUUUCUCACUGGUCAGGCUAGUGGAGAGACGGCCAAGUGUACAGUUCUCACCACCCCGUGUUGUAAGUACCCGUGGAAUGGAUUUGUAAGGCAAUCUUUAUAGAUAAACCUCAAGCAACGAUUCAUGUUGUAACAGCUUCAUGUGGUUUAGUUUUCAGAAAACUUCACCAUGAAGCACAAUGUAUAUAUUUAUGCAGUUUUUAAAGUUUAUAACAGUCUGUUUGGCCAUUACUACACUUUUUACUUUAUAAUAUAAAAGCAAAAGUUUUUGUCAUUAAAUGAAUGUUUGUUGAGCUACAUUCUUCAUUGCUUUAAAUGCA